UAAAGCGGCAGGCUUGAGCGAUCUGAAUUCCAGCUGGGACAGUUUAAAAGUCCUUGUCCCCUUGGAAGGCGAUUCUCCAAAAUGAAGAUCUUGGCAGUAUAGUAUUGUUCACCGCAGAUAAACUUACCAAAAGAAUGGAUGACGGUUUGGUGUAUGAGGAUGAUAUCUUGCUGCGCUCAGAGAAGGCCUUCCAUGAUGCUGCGAAAAGGAACGACACAAAGAUGAUGUUGGACCUCAUUAGGAGAGGAGUGGACGUCAAAGUGAAAAAUAAAGUGGACCGCAAGGCGCUGCACUGGGCCGCCGGGACGGGCAGCGAGGAGGCGCUGCGUCUUCUGUUGGGCUACGACGCGGACGUGGACGACGCGGACAGGUUUGGGAUGAAUGCACUACUUUUGGCUGCAUGGUUCGGCCACCUUAGAAUCUUGCAGUUUCUUGUCUCAUCUGGUGCAAAGCUAAACUGCACAAACAAAAAUGGGCUAAACCUUCUGCACUGUGCUGCCCAGAGAGGCCAUAUCCAUAUUCUGGAGUUCAUUAUGGAGGAUCUGGAAGACAUGCAACUUGAUAAACCUGACAAGUCAGGUAAGACAGCAUUUCACCUAGCAGCAGAGCAUGGACAGCUGGAGGUGAUGGAGUUCCUCAUCGGUAUGGGCUGUGCUCACAACCUCAAGGACAAGGAGGAAAACACUGCACUGCAUAUGGCGGCAAAACGUGGCAGUGCCGAGGCCUUCCGGAAGGUUCUGGAGACAACUGAGAGCAUCAACGAGAAGAACAUCGAUGGUAUGGCGGCCUUACACUUGGCUGUGGAUGGCGGGCACUAUGAGUGUGUCAGGCUGCUGGUGGAGGCCGGCUGCAACGUCAACGAACUUACCAACAGAAAUAUGACUGCGCUCCACUUUGCAGCUCAGCGUGGCUUUGACAUAUUGGCUAGGCUGCUUGUGGAGGCUGGUGUCAGUCUGGACUCAGUGAAUGUCAACCAUAAUUCAGCACUACACUUGGCUGUGUUUAACAACUACCCCAAGAUUGUAAAAAUACUUAUUGAAGCAGAAUGUGACCUUGACAUUUUUGACAGUUGGCUUCAGACACCACUGCACAUAGCAGCAGAGCACGGACACCAGAACAUAGCGGAGAUGAUCCUUAUCGCUGGGGUCAACCUCAAGCUGCUCGACAAGCAAAGAAAGACGUCGCUGGAUAUUGCGGCCAGAGGCAACCAUGUCAAUGUGGUCGACAUGAUCAUCAAAGCCGAUCGAUUUUACAAGUGGGAACAGGACAAUGUCAAAAGUGACUCAGAUUCCCUGGUGGGAAGGGCUGUGAGCUUCAGGCAGGAUCAUCAGCAGGAGAUGCAGCACUUCCGCACCAUAUUAUGGAAGCUAGCCACAAAAUACAUGAGGCCUGGGGAGUGGAAGUCACUGGCUAAGCACUGGUGCUUCACAGAUGCCCACAUCCGAGCCAUAGAACACCAGUGGACAGGCACAAAAAGCUUUAAGGAACAUGGGCAUCGUAUGCUGCUGAUUUGGCUGCACGGGGUGUUGGUUGCCAGAGAAAACCCCAUUAAGGGCUUAUAUGAAGGUCUGAUGGGAAUUUCGAGAAUGGAUUUGGCAGAGAGCAUACGGCAUCAGGCCAAUGCAGACCAGAACUCUCCGAAGAAGUGUGCUAUGAUGUGAAGGCUGGUGGGGCUCAGAAAAUGACCCACGCUGGCAGCAUUGGUCAGGAGGAAGGCCUCAGAAACCCACAAAGGAACAUUGCAAUGGCUGCUGCAAAAUGAAACAGAAUACUGCGAAAUACAAUCCAGCUACAGAUAUGCGCCAGAAUGUUUGACAACAUGAAAUACAUUUCAAGAAAAACCCUCUUCCUCAUAAAUACCCUGAUUUAGUCAUCUUUUAAGGGCUACAAGCAUAUUGCUCAAAUGUGACACUGGAUUACCUCUGUUAGUUUACCGCUGUUAAGAUUUAAAACAUGAGUAUACAGUUGUGUUACCUGUGUUUCAAACAUGAGGAAAAAUCUAUUCCGGUUAAAUCAUUUAAAACAAUUUACUAAAGUUAAUACCCUUUAUAUAGAUAUAUUGUUUUUGUAUUUGAAAAAGAUUAUUGUGUGUACAAUGCAUGAUUGUAUCAUACAUCAGAUAUCCUUAUGUUUUUCUGAGAAAUAGCAUGAGUUGUCAUGAGUGUUGUGCUGUGAUUCACUUUUAACUGAUACAUGUGUGAAGUAAAUAAUGGUAUGCUUUCACCUGUGUUAGUGGGGGGAAAAAAACAAAACGUUUAAUUGCUGAAAUAUACCUCUAUAAAUAUAUCUCUUUAUAGCUAAAAUCAGAAUAUUCUCUUUUUGAGAUCAGCUUGUCACAGACAUGGCACAAGUUUGUUGUACAUAGAAAAUGAAAUUAUGUUUUUCUGUAGAGGACACUCAGGUUGCAUUUUAGCUAAUGCAUAUAUCCUGAUCCCAGCUUUAACAUCUUCUGGUCACUAUGUGUACAUAUAUAUGUGUAUUACUUGUGUAUUAUUUAAAAGCAAAACAACUACUGCACUUUAUAUGAGGGCCAAAUAAACAGU